AUGUAUCGCCUUGGAAAGCAUAACAACUUCGACCAUCCGAUCCGAGCUCCUCCCCUCUCCUCUCUAUCCGUUGACCAUGGUCCACCGCGCGCGCGCAAACAAUCGCAGCAGACCGAGUCGAAAGGGUACAUACGUACAGUGCAAGGUGACCGGGACAGAUUGCAAAGAAUCUGCGAAUCCUUAGAGAGGUUGGGGAUGUCGCGGCUCUUGGGUAAGGGGGAAGACCGAAGGUUGAUUCGGCAUGAAGGUGACGCUAUCGCUUACGCUGACGCGGGUCCAGGAACGUGCCAAGCCAAGACGGACGUGGGUGCACAGGUGCAGGUACUGCUACAAUACGCAGGAGACGGGGGCAUCGGGACGGGGAACGGGAGACGGGGGGACAGGGGACGGGGAAGCGGUAAAGAAGACGAAGACGAAGAAGAAGAAGAAGAAGAAGUGGGUAGGAGAGUCGUCAGCAACAGCAACAGCAAUAACAACAACGACAACAACAGCAACAACAAGAGCGAUAACCACGACCAUAAUAACAGCGGUCACACCAAACACAAAAAUAAAAAUAAAAAUAACAACACCAACACCAACCCCAACCCCAGGAUGGUGAACAGAGCCUUCUUCACGUUCGCUUGCGCAAAUUGCCUCCCAACUAAAAGCCAAUGGUCGGUCCUUCCCACCCCCAGCAGAAGAUCAAAUCAAAUCAUCUCACUCCAACCCGCAACAGCAAUCUCAGCACUUUUCUUCAUUGGGCCGCUGCAAUUUGACUACCACCGCCGCCUGCCCAAACCAAACAGAUACAGUACUUUCCUGCACGCCCGAGUAGAAAAGUACGGUACCGGUACUACACAACCAACUCAUCAACUCAUGGACGGACGGACUGCCUUGACUGACUUAUUUUUACCUCGAGAUGCCGUGCUCGCCGCGGAUUUCACACUCCACACUCCACACACCACACACCACGCAGUCCAAGCCCACGCGCAUGCAGCUGUCGUGACCCCCCCGUGGGACCGGACCUCGUUAAGUAGCAAGGCGUACCUCUGCGAUACUGCUGCUGCAGCGCUUGGAGUACAAGCGCGCGCUUUUCAGCAGCUGUGGGCCGGCCUGGAGACCAACGAUCGGUGGCGGAGGCGAAAGAAGAGGUUGGCCGGUUGGUUCAAGGGAUGGAGCUCCACCCCGACCAACAGAGUUCCGAAUCUACCAAGAAGAUUUCUUCUCCGCAUCGGUCCCAGCCAGCCACCGACCUACCUACGGUACUACAUUCCUUGCCUGCCGUAUGGCAAGUACGGACGAUGCUCAAUCGCCAUGACCGUGAUCGAGAAAGGCAUGGACAGGUACCUAGUAAUAAUCAUGAAUCGCGAUAACAGAAGCAGUUCUCGCGAAUCUAAACAUUUCCGGGGUAAUCAAAGUGGAGCAAUGGAAGGCGGCAAUGUCUGCGAACAAGCUCUCCGUAUCACCAGAGUCUCGAGGUCGAGGAUCAUGGCGGCUCCAGCGAAAGUUGCUCCAGAGGGACCUACAGCAAGCAACCGACCGACAGCAGGAUACCGGGUCUCCCUCGCUGCCAGAUUUGGAGUGGCAAACCAAGGGCAUAUUGGUGGACUCUCCCGGCGGAUCGUUCGUAGAACAGAGCCAUAUCAGAGCUGCGUUUUCCUUCCCUCGGAGCUCUGGCCCACUCCAAUCGAUCAUAACCGACGUACCCGACUGAGACAAGCCAUCCCUUUCUUUCUAGAAGCCCGACAAGCCAUGCUAUUGUCUUCCCACGUGCCGACCUCUCGGGGAGUACCAAACGAAGAUUAUUGGGAAUCUGGGAAUGUCACACCUGACACCAAGCUGCCAGUUCCAGCUGACCGCUCGAUCCCGAAGCUGGGACUUCCUCUCCCCCUCGGCGGAUUCACGAGGCAGGACGCAUGGCAUCUUUCGGAUUCCGUGCUGGGUGGACUACAGCGAAAACAUCAGCAUUCAGCUGGAAUGGAAGGUCGCGCGACUACAGACUCGCAUGAACUAGACCCCCUUGACCACUUGAACACCGUCCCAUUCGGCACCGUACUAACCGAUCCGACCAUCCCGCCCUUCUUCAUCACCGGCAGCGCCCCUACCGUCCCCCACCGUACCAAACAUGCAGUCCACCUCCCCCUUCCCAACCGCCCUUACCAAAUCCUCCCUCAGAGAGUCCACCACCACACCCGGCCGGCUCCCCACCGAGGCCCACCUACCGUUGUCACGACCCUCGCAGCCCCAACCACGUUUCCUAGCAAGCACCCGGUCUACCGUGAAGCCGCCCGUCCCGCUCCGGCCCACACCCACCAACACCGUCUCUGCCCCUCCAGCCAGCCACCCGGGCCCGCGCCGCUCUCCUCCCAUGCAUGCGCAGGGCCUGAGCCGCCAUCAUGUGCUCUGAAAAAAUCGCGAAAGUUCCAGUUCAUGAUUCGAAGAUCUUCACAACGAAUGAGAGUGUAA